AUGGAAAUUCAGACCUAUAAGUUUCGCUCGAACCUCUAUCAACACAAGUGCCCUGAUCGUCAGAAGCAGUUGUCGCAUGGGAACCGUCGUCGAGGAGGCCUGGCAAUAUCACCUUCAACGCGUCGUUUGGAGUCAAAUCAGCUACUCAAAUCGCGAAUCGAUGCAAAUGCGAUUUCAGAAGACUUGGUGACGUACCAGAUAUCGCUUUCUGAUAGUGAAGAUAAUGAUCUCCCAAUAACUUAUGGACUUGUCAUUCACAAACUCGAGGAGGCUCCGCAGAAAGUCCGACCUGACACAACGGUAAAGCAAAGAAAGGUGGAGAGUUCAUUUGCAAGUGAUUUACGCAGUUUUUUUCAGCAGAGUGAAGCUGCUGAGGAGCCGAAUUCAGUAGUAGACAACCCCACCUUCCUUCAGAAACGAAGAACUGAUUGUGUUCGAGAUCAACCUCUUCCACAAGAAGAAAUUGAUGCCUAUAUUGCCAGAAACAAGUCAAAGGUCUGGUCGACAUUGCAU